UUGUGGAGUGAGGGGUGGUUGUAAGACAUUUGACUCUAUUUGGAGUUUUGCAGAAGUUUUUUCUGGUUCUUUCCUACUUGUAGCUACAUCAGCAGAGCUGGUCGGCGGGCUCCGUGCUCACAGAGAGCCUGCACCAGGAUGGGUGCUCUCCCAGCCAUUAGGAUUAUAUGGAUAUUCAUCUUCAAUGGAAUAACAUUAAUAUACGGUUCAAACGUCUGCACCUCCAGAGGGGCCAGCACAUGUAAGCAGUGUCUGGCUGUUCACCCUAGCUGCGCGUGGUGCUUUCAGGAGGACUUUGGACAGGGUGUUGCCGGUGCUUCUCGCUGUGAUCUGAAGAGUAACCUGGUGGCAGCAGGCUGUGCUCCGUCUGGUCUGGAGUCUCCGAACAGUAAACUUCAAGUGUUAGAGGACCGGCCCCUCAGUAACAAGGCAGCAGGAGCUACGCAGGAUGUCACCCAGAUCAAACCCCAGAAACUGAGCAUCACACUAAGGCCAGAUGAUGCAAAGCGCUUCACAGUGAAGGUGCGACAGGUAGAGGACUACCCUGUGGAUCUUUACUACCUCAUGGAUCUCUCCUACUCUAUGAACGAUGACCUCUUCCGCCUGAGGACUUUGGGUAGAGCUCUGGCCGAGGCCAUGAACCGCACCACCAGCAACCUCCGCAUGGGCUUUGGGGCCUUUGUGGACAAGCCACUCUCACCUUACAUGUACAUCUCCCCCAAGGAGGCUGUGGAGAACCCUUGCUACAGCAUCAACACCACCUGCUUGCCCCAGUUUGGCUAUAAACAUGUCCUGUCCCUGACGGAGGAGGUGGGGCGCUUCACAGAGGAGGUGAAGAAGCAGAUGGUCUCCAGGAACCGAGAUGCCCCAGAGGGAGGCUUUGAUGCUAUCAUCCAGGCCGCUGUGUGCAAGGAGCAGAUUGGUUGGCGUCCAGGUGCGUCCCACCUUCUGAUCUUCACCUCUGAUGCAAAGACUCACCAGGCUCUGGACGGUCGUCUGUCUGGUAUCGUGCAGCCUCACGAUGGGAAGUGCCACCUCAAUGCUGACAAUAUGUACAACAUGUCUACCACCAUGGAUUACCCAUCACUUGCUCUGAUCACAGAGAAGAUGUCAGAGAACAACAUCAACCUCAUCUUUGCUGUCACCAACCCCGUGGUUCCUCUCUACCAGAACUACAGUGAGCUGAUUCCUGGCACAACAGUAGGAAUACUGUCAAACGACUCGGGCAAUGUUGUUCAGCUCAUACUGAAGGCCUACACUAAAAUCCGUUCCAAGGUGGAGCUGGAGCUUCAAGGUGUCCCUGAGGAGCUUUCCUUGUCCUUCAAUGCCACCUGUCUGAAUGGAGAGCUCAUCCCUGGUCUCAAAUCCUGCUCUGGCCUCAAGAUAGGAGACACAGUCUCCUUCAGCGUUGAAGCCAGAGCUCGUGGAUGCCCUAAACAAAAGAAAAAAACCUUCAUCAUAAAACCUGUGGGCUUUAAGGACUCCCUCUCUGUGACCGUCACCUUUGAGUGUGAUUGCAAAUGCCAAAACAAAGCCCAGCCUGAUAGCCCUAAGUGUUACCACGGAAACGGCACCUACGAGUGUGGCAUCUGCCUGUGCCACCCAGGUCGCUUGGGGCCACACUGUGAGUGUGCAGAGGGUGAUUACAAUCCCACAGAACAGGACCGCUGCAGUGGACCAGCAGGCUCUGGAGGAACUCAGUCUGCCAUCUGCAGCGGCCGAGGAGACUGCGUGUGCGGCCAGUGUGUGUGCCACAGCAGUGACUUUGGGAAAGUGUGGGGAAAACUGUGCGAGUGUGACGACUUCAAUUGCCUGCGCUACAAGGGGGAACUAUGCUCAGGCCACGGCGUUUGUAACUGCGGCUUCUGCCAGUGUGCACCAGACUGGCAAGGGGAGAACUGUAACUGCUCCAGACGUACUGACACCUGCAUGUCUAACCUGGGUCUGCUGUGCAGUGGGAGGGGCCAAUGUGUUUGUGGGGCCUGUGAGUGCACACAGCCUGGUGCCUAUGGGGCCACAUGUGACAAAUGCCCAACCUGUCCUGAUGCCUGCACAAUGAAGAAGGAGUGUGUGGAGUGUAAGCACUUCAAGAGAGGAAGGCUGUUUGAAGACAACACCUGCUCUCGGAUCUGCAAGGAUGAAAUUGUGCUCGUGUCUGAACUAGUGCUCCAUGAUACAAAUGCUGUGAACUGUACUUACAAGGAUGAGGACGACUGUCUAGAACGCUUCCAGUACUACGAGGACACCAAUGGAAAGUCAAUACUGUAUGUCAUUGAAGAGCCAGACUGCCCCAAGGGCCCAGACAUUUUGGUGGUGCUUCUAUCUGUGGCUGGAGCCAUCCUCUUCCUUGGCUUGGCAGCUCUGCUUAUCUGGAAACUGCUGGUCACGAUUCACGACAGACGAGAGUUUGCCAAAUUUGAGGAAGAACGUGCCCGUGCUAAGUGGGACACGGGACACAAUCCUCUCUACAAAGGAGCCACAUCGACCUUCACAAAUAUCACAUACAGAGGGAAAGACUGAUGCUGCUGAACAAGGAAGAAGGAUAAUGAAUGAAAUUAAAGACUCUUACUGUGCUUUGUGGGAAGGCAUCUAAUCAUGUGCAGGCCUCUACUGUCACACGACAAUAAUGAGUAAUUAUUUGUGUUUGUAAAUAUGUAGAAAUGAUUUUGAGGGCACACUUUUCAGGGAUUUGUCAUAAAAACCCCAAAAUACUACACUGAUAAGAUGUUUUGAUUUUAUGUCAUUGACCUCUCCUACCAAAAGUAUCUUUUCAUAUUUGAAGUUUUUGUACUAUUUGCUUAGAUGUUACACCCCUCUCCUCCUAGUCUGUAAACAUUGUCAUCUCAGCUAUGUCUCUUUUCAAUUGUUUAUAUCAUGAAAAUCCAUAGAUCUCACCAUGGAAAGUCUUUGCUUCCCCCUGGGGGGAGAAGGAAGAUAAAUGCUAAUGAAUUUACAAACAAAUUAGGUUAUCUUAAGCAUAAAAAACUUGAUUUCUUGUUGAUACUUCAUUUUUUCUGAUUGGUAAUUUCUAUUAGAAUCACAACAGAAGACCUAUGUUUAAUCAGACAAAUUUCAGCCUGGAGAUACAAUAUGUUUUGAAGUAAAAUUUUUAAUUUACUAAAAAACUAUUACAGUUUGUGUGUAAAUGGACUAGAUAGGCAGCUUUUUCAGUAAUGCAUAUUUAAAAGUAUUGCAUCUCAAAACAUUAAAAACAAUCAGUAUUGCUCUCA